AUGGGCACUGGACGGCAAUUUGCAACAAUUUCAGUCAACUCAACCCCGCGAAAUCCAGGUUAUUGCGCCCUGUUCGUUGUACUUACAUUGGUUUUUAUCCAGCAGUGCGCAACGUUUAACUUGGAAACGGAAAACCGCGUCGUCUACACUGGACCUAAGGACAGUUUUUUCGGUUAUUCGGUGGAUGUUUUCUACAAUAAUUUGUCUAGUGUCAGCAUUCUGAUUGGUGCUCCCAAAGCUAACACCAGCCAACCGAAUGUCAACGAAGGUGGAUCUGUGUACUUAUGUCCCUGGAGCCAGGGCCAAUCGAAUUGCAGUGUCGUCCACUUUGACAAUGAAGGAGAUCGCCGUUUCCAAGUCAACGACAUCGACGUCCAGGUGGAGUUCAAGUCCCAUCAGUGGUUUGGGGCGACAGUGCGUUCCCAUGGCAACACUGUCCUGGCUUGUGCCCCGAGGUAUUACUGGAGAACAGAACACGACGCCCCCUUCUCUGACGCCACAGGAACUUGCUACCUCUCCGUGGACAACCUCAAGACAUUUGUGGAGUACGCCCCCUGUCGCACAGAGAGACAUGGUCCUGCCGGACAGGGCUACUGUCAGGGCGGGUUCAGUGCUGAAUUCACCAAGGAUGGGAAGAUUGUUCUCGGAGGACCAGGAAGCUUUUACUGGCAAGGUCAGCUGAUCUUAGCCACCACAAAGGAAAUAGUCAAGGCCUACUACCCUUCCUACUUCCUGCUCUCUGUUACCGGACAGAUCCAGACCCAUCAGGUGCAGGGGAGCUAUGACGACAGUUACCUGGGUUACUCUGUGGCCGGCGGGGAGUUCAGUGGAGAUAAUAUUGAAGAUUUCGUCACGGGAGUCCCCAAGGGACUCAUGCUGUAUGGUUUAGUGUCCAUACUCAAUGGAACAGACCUGACAUCCAUGCUGAAUCUAACCGGAGAACAGAUGGGGUCCUAUUUCGGCUACGCAGUGGCAGCCACGGACAUCAACAACGACGGGAUGGAAGACCUUGUGGUGGGAGCUCCCAUGUUCAUGCAGAGGGGUUCCGACGGACUGCGUUGGGAGGAGGUGGGCCGUGUCUAUGUGUACCUGCAGCGGCGACCCUUGCUCUUUGAACCCAGGCUGCCCCACCUGGGGGGGAGCCAGGCCUUCGGGAGGUUUGGCAGCUCGCUGGCCCCACUGGGAGACCUCAACCAGGACGGCUUCAAUGAUAUUGCCAUCGGCUGUCCCUUUGGAGGAGACGACCAACAGGGAUUGGUCCUCAUCUAUAAUGGACAUGCCAGUGGACUGAUGGACAUGCCCACUCAGACUCUAUCUGGCCAAUGGGCAUCUGGCACCUUUCCCGCCAGUUUUGGCUACGCCCUCCGCGGAAAUAAAGAUCUGGAUCAUAAUGGCUACCCAGAUCUCAUCGUAGGUGCUUUUGGGGCUGACAAGGCUGUUCUGUACAGGGCUCGGCCUAUUGUCAAUGCCAGUGCUUCUCUUACGCUGCAACCUACCAUGAUCAAUCCAGAGGAGAAGAGUUGUACGGUGUCCAAUGGGAACGAGACGAUCUCUGUGUCUUGUGUCAACCUCAGUUUCUGCCUCUCGGCCAAUGGGAAGCACCUCCCUGCUGAUCUAGGUUUUGUGGUGGAGGUACAGUUGGACCAUCUGAAGCAGACCCAGAAGGAGUCGUCAGUGAGGAGAACUCUGUUCCUGGAUAGCCAACAGCCCAGCCUACUGAAGACCAUCACCAUGGCCAACGGAGGACGAACGUGUCACGACACCCGCAUCUACCUGCGCAGUGAAGGGGAGUUUAGGGAUAAACUUUCCCCCAUUUACGUCACACUUAACUUUAGCCUGGACCCUCUCGCUUCACUGGAUCUCCAUGGCCUGAGACCCAUUCUAAAAUACCAGACAACACACCUUAUAGAGCAGAAGGCCCAGAUUCAGCUGGACUGUGGUGAGGACAACAUCUGUGUCCCUGACCUCAAACUGGCUGUUUAUGGCGAUAGGACGGAGGUGUAUCUGGGUGACGAGAACUCCCUGACCCUGACUUUCAAUGCCAGGAACGAGGGAGAGGGCGGGGCCUACGAGGCAGAGCUUUACAUGGUGCUUCCCCCAGAGGCUGACUACAGUGGUAUAGCCCGCAACAAUGCGAGUCUGACUCAGCUAACCUGUAGCUACGAGGCAGAGAAUCAGACCCGCUAUCUGGUCUGUGACCUGGGCAACCCUAUGAAGUCUGGCACAAGUUUGUGGGCAGGCCUCCGCUUCACUGUGCCCCGACUGAAGGACACUUACAAUACGGUGCAGUUUGAGCUCCAGAUACGCAGUAAAAAUGAGAAUAGCUCCCAGAGCGAUGUUGAGCUCUAUGAUCUUGAGGUGGCUGUGGUAGCUGAUGUUAUCCUACAGGGCGUUUCCCGUCCGGACAAGCUCCUCUUCCCUCCCCCAAACUGGAGGAUGAGCCACAGCCUCCAAGAGGAGCAGGACAUUGGGUCUGAGAUCCAGCAUGUCUACGAGUUGGUGAACAACGGGCCCAGUAUGAUCAGUCAGUCGGUGCUGGAGCUGCGGUGCCCUCUGAGAGCUCAGGGUCACGACCUUCUGUACCCUGUGGAGGUCAUCACUCAGGGACCACUCAACUGCAGCUCCAACCACACCCUCAAUGCACUGAAACUCAAGCUCCAGCCUCCUACAACAGAACAGCCUCCCUCCUCACAGACGUUCAGCCCUGAACACCACAUCCAGAGGAGAGAGGUCUACAGGGAUCCUCUGGCCAAACAAAGCAACUUGUCAUGCUCUACGGUGGAGUGCUGGAGACUGCACUGUCAUGUGGGGUUACUGGAGAGAGGAAGCAGUGUCAUUCUGACAGUCCGCUCACGCAUCUGGGCUGAGACCUUCAUCGAGAGGGCAUACAAGCAGUAUGUGUUGGAGUGUUCUGCCCAGUACAGAGUCAAGAACAUGCCCUAUGCCAUCGCUCCCAAACUCAAACCCAGUGGAUCCACGAAGGUCCUGACUCCAGUGAUGUGGAACAAGCCGGAGAGCCAGUACAUUGUACCCCUGUGGAUCAUCAUUCUGGCCAUACUGGCUGGACUGCUGCUGCUCGCCCUGCUCAUAUAUGUACUAUACAAGAUGGGCUUCUUCAAAAGAUCCGAUCCCUAUGGUACAGCCAUGGAGAAAGCUCAACUCAAACCCCAGGCUUCUUCAGAGGCCUAAAUGGUGGACCAUCCCAGACGUCGUUUCGAAAACUGGAAAGUCAUUGCGUUGGACUGAACUUGUAACUCCAAAUGAACUACAGAAUACUCAUGCAUGAAGGGCAGUCUUCAACUAGUAUCAACAGGAUGAGUACUACUUGGACCUCACUGGUAUUCAGCCUGGUACUACACACUGAAAUGCUCAAGCAGGCAAACACAUAAUGAGAUGUCUGGCCCAAACUACAACAGAGCUAUCCUGGCACGGUUGAAUGGACAAUAAUGUCUUUAAAAUCCUGCUUUUUGCUUUGGGAAAAUCUCCAUCAAAGUAGCAACACUGGAUGGGGCAAUGGAGCAUUCAUUCAAUUGUUUUAUUCACCAAAUACGUCUUUACCUAAAUCAAAUCAAAGUUUAUUGGUCGCGUACACAGUUUGGCAGAUGUUAUAGUGGGUGCAGCGAAAUGCUUGUGUGACUAGCUCCUAACAGUGCAGCAAAAAUUUCAAACAAGGACAAUUAAAAAAAAAUUAUUAACUUGAAACAAGAAAUCCCGAAUGGCAGAAUGAAUCCAGUUAACAACUCAAAUAACACUAUCACUAAUCCAAAUGGAAUCUAUGCGUAUACACACAAAUAUAUACUUAAGAACAAUGGAGGGAAAAGUACACAUUUGUCAUACUUGAGUAAAAGUAAAGAUGCUGUACCUUAAUAGAAAAUGACUCUAGUAAAAGUGAA